CAGCAGGAACCAGAAUCAACAGCAUAGAAUGUUUUACGAAGCUUACACUUGUUCUUGAUUGGCUUUAUGUAUAAUCUAAUAGUGUCUCCACUUCGCGUCAAUGCUGGUGAACAUUUUCCCUUUCUGAGUAAGCGCAAGCUUGCAUCAUAGUUCUUAAUGGUAAUGGCCUCCUCAGCGAUGCUACCUCCGGUAUCAGAGGCGCUAAGCCUGCUUGAUACCAGCUUCGUCAACAACGAAUGGCAUGGUACACCAGCGAACAUACGGCGCAGCUUGCAAAUCCUGGUCGACCAUAUCUCCGUCCAGAGUGUCCAGCUCAGCCGUGUUGAGGAUAUCCUGACAGCUUUUGGCAGCCCGAGCAGCCAGGGUGGCACGGUGUGGAGUAAGCUUGCGGGGAAGGCUGAUUUAAAUCGCCUUGAGAAGCUGGAGGAGCAGGUGGACGGUCUCCUGAACGAGAGUGCGUUGCUGAGGUCGCAGCAGAGUGCAGCUUCACUCGCCCGCGACGACAUGGCAUCCCGGCUGGAGCUGCUGAAGGACCAGAUGAACAGCCUGGAGGCGCGACUUGGGCUGCCGUACGCCUCGGACAGCAGCACAGCCGGGAUCGACCAGUACGGCGGCCCGCGGCGUGGCGGUUCCAACGUGGGGGGCUUCAUGUCCCCCAACAAGCGCGGUGCGCUGGUGGCCGCGGGCGCCCUGGUGGUGCCCAGCGUGCAGACGGGGUCCAUCCUCGACCGGAUAGCCAGACUGGAGCGGCGGGCGGACACGCUAGCGCAAGUCAGCGCUAGGACCGAGGAUGAGUCGGCCUUGUUGCUGGGGAAGAUGCGGGAGAUGGAGCCCCGGCUCGAGGUGCAACUGAACCACCUACGUGGGGACAUUAAGCAGGCGCUGGCGGCGGCGGCGGCUUCCACUAAGCAGGAGGCGGAGGCGGAGAGCGCAUGUCGGCUGAAGGAGUCGGAGAAGCGCUUGCUCGCCCGCAUUCAAAGCGUGGAGUCAGCGCUUGAGAACAAGGUGUCCGCCCUGUCUACCCAGGCCGGGAUUACCAUCAGCACGGAGCUGGAUAAGCGCGUCAACGGGGUGUAUGACCAUGUAGACUUGCAGGUUCAGCGGCUGCGUGGCGACCUGGACCGCUUCUCCCGUGAGAAGGUGGACCUGGGCUCCCUGGAGCACUACUCGCAGCGCAUCAGCGCGCUGUUUGAGAGCAUCGCGCAGGGCCUAGCGGACGAGGUCGCGGCGGUGGUGGGGCAGAUGCGGGCGGAGCUGGCGACCGUCACGCGGGACGCCGCGGCGGCUCAAGCCAAGGACCAGGCGCUGCAUGACACCAUUCGGUCCGAAAUGGACGUCGUGCGGCAGCUGUCGGGUCAGGUCAAAGAGGCUAUCACAACGGUGCAGGAGUCGGUGACCGCAAACCCCCGGCUGAUCGAGGACACCCGCAACCUGGUACGGCAGACCAUGGCGGACUCUGAGCAGCUCCAAAAGGCGGUGGCAGGCCUGAACACGGCCAUGGCAAGCACAAGCAGCGCCCUAGAGCUGCAGUCUCACAAGCUGGGGCAGCUGUCGCACCGGUUGAGCGGAAUGCAACAGGAUCUGGGCAACGUCAAGGACAUGCUGUACGGCGGGGCUGCAAAGGCGGCUGCGGCGGUGUCUGCGGCAGCAGGCGACCUGGCCGGGGCCGGCGGGGCGUCCUCUGCAGGGUGUGCAUCGCUGUUAUCCAAGCUGGCCUCAUUGGACCGCGCAAUCACAGACAUCAACACGCAGCUCAGCGCAAAGACUGAGGAGGCGCAGACGCGUGAACUGGAAAGGCGGAUCGCUGCCAUGGCACGCCAGCAAGACGUGACGAGCGAGGGGCUGCGCAGCCUUUCCUCCACGGCCUUCAAGCGCUCCGAUGAGCACGCGUCCGCCAUACAGAGACUGACGCUGGCGGUUAGCGGCAACCUGGAAGAGCGACCAACGUCUACGGCGGUGAAGCACAUGAUUGAGACUGCGGCGCUCGAGGUGCGCGAGCGCUGCGAUAGCGCACUUGCGCCCCUGUGGGAUGCGGUGCGCAUCCUGCAGUCGGGGUUGCGGGACGCAGCUGGGGAGCUCAAGGCGUUGGGAUCCAACCUGAGCAACCUGCAGCAAGCACAGAACGACACGCGCAGCAAAGGAGCCUCGGACCGGGCAUCGGUGAUGGCUGCCCUACGCAAGGCGUUGGACGAGGAGGUGGGCACGGUGCGCAUGCAGCUGGAGGCACGCAUGGAGGGCAUGGAGAGCGGUGUACGGCAGGCGGCGGAGCAGCUCGAGGUCCACGCGCAGCUUCAAGACCGGCUGACGCGCCUAACGGAAGCUGUGGAGGAGCAGCUAGCGACACAGGUGGCUGCUUGGCGAGCCGGAAACCAGCAGCUGCGAAACGAGCUUGCAGGACGUGUGGAGUCGGCGACAUCGGGCCUCUCGGUGCGCCUGGAGGCGGUGGAGGGCACAUGCAAGCGGCAUUCCGAGGAGCUGCAGGUAGUGGCGGAGGCUUCGUCCUCGAAGCUCGGAGAGGCAGCCGUGCGGGACAUCGUCAACGCCGUGUCACGCACGGUCGCCAAGCAAGAGGUCGGCAAGCUAAGCGAGAAGCACGAGGCAAAGUGGAAGGAGUGGCUUGAGGAGCACGGCCAGACGCAUGAGCACCUAGCCACGCACGACGACGUGGCGACGGUCGUCGACAGCACAUCUCGGCAGGUCAAGCAGGAGCUCGACGGCGUCAUCUCUACACGCACGGAGGAGUUGCGGCGAACGUUUGCGUCGUUGCGUGGCGAGGUCGAUGGCCGCACGCGUGCCACGACAAGCCGCAUGGAGGUCCUAGAGCUUCGAGUACAGGACCUGGGGAGUGCGGUAGAGUCAUGCGCCAGCAAAAAGGACGUCGAGGACCUGGCGGUGUCAGCCAUGUCUCAGCGCGCAGAACGCGCGGGACUGGAGACCCGGGUACGGCAGCUGUCGGAGGAGGUGGAGGACCAGGCGUCCGCCCUCUCGGUCCUGCGUGGCGAAGCCGUGACACGAAGUGAACUUACGGCGGAGCUCGCAAGGAAGGUGGACCUGGCCACUUACCUGGCGCAUGGCAGCGCAAGAGCCGCCGCUGCAAGUGCAAGUGUUCUGGUGGGAUCAAGCGCAUCGGGCCCUUCGCCACCGCGCCGGCCGCCCCAGGAACGUGUGUUUGAUACGAUGGCUCGUGCUGCCACGGGUACAGGCGCGGCAGCGGCUGCGCGUGCAGUGGAGCGGUUGCAACUAGGCAGCCUUGUAUGAUUAAGCUGCAGGAUGGGCAUAACUGGAGCUGCGCUGCUGCGACAUCCCUACAAGUGAAGCCGCGCGAGGCGUCGACAGACGCCAACAGUCCGAUGGAGUCGCCUCGUCAUUUGCUCUGCGUGUCUUGUGCGUGAAUUGGCAUUUGAUUCGUGAUAUAUGUGCAUAGAUUGCGCGUCAUACGCGUUAAAGCAUAAAGGUUCAUCCGAUGUACGGAUCUGGGUGAUCCCAAAUAUGGGCCGAUAUUUCCUUCGGACACUGUCAGCAAUCCUAUAGUGGUCACAAUGCUUGCUCAGCGCCCAUCGUGCUGCAGUUACAGCCGCGCGGCAGCACCGGCUGGCCGUGCACAGCUAAUUGUGCGUUGCUCUGGAAAUGGCGCAGCUAGUGGCGCAUUCCGUGAAGGGCAGCGGGUUAAGGUUACUUCACCUGUAAAGAUUUACCAUGCUGCUAAGCAUCCCAGCGGGCUGGACCUCAACGGCAUGGAGGGCACCCUUGUUAAAGACGUUUCCCAGUACAAGGGCAAGGUGCUGUCCGCUAACUUUCCCUACAAAGUUGAGUUUUAUAUCCAAACGGACGGCAAGCAGGCGAAGCUUCAAGCACACCUGGGCGAGGACGAGCUGCAAGCACUCUAGAUCGAGAGUGUUUGUCUUGGACUGCUACGUGAGGAGAGCUGAGCUUCCACGGACGUAAUGUUCGCGCAUUCACGUCCCUUGACCUGGAUGUCGGCUAGAUAUUAUGGUGGUUGUGGCGUAGAGCGCUGGCACGUCUUGGGUAGGACGAGUGAUGUUGCGGGAUGUUGUAGGACGUUCGCGUCUGCGUGUUUUAUACACACUUCGUACUAGUUUUUGAGUGAAGGGGAGGGGGAGAGCUUAUACAUUCUUGAAUAAGGAGCGGCUGAUUGUAGGGAGUGAGCCGUCCCCAGAGGCAAGAGCCGUCCCCAGAGGGCCACUAAGUGAGAG